AUGGCCACGGAAGCCGACGACGACGACGAGACGCAUGGCGCCGUGCGUCCGCUGCCUCCCUCGAAGGCACGCACGCAGCCAGGCCGCAGCAUUCUGCGCGCUGCGCCGCCACUCGCGAACGACACUCUCUGGGCCGGUCGCGAGUGGCUGUACAGCGUGAAUGCGCGCCUCGCCCAAAAGAACGUCGCCGUCCAAGUGCCCGUGCCGGACGGCCACCUGCUCGGACACAUGCUCCGCCGCUGGCACGGGCAGCAGCCCAGCACACCGCCCGAGCACAUGCAUGAUGCUGGCCUGCGCCACGUCCAUUUCCGCACGGAAGACCUCUCGCACACCUACCCCAUCUCCCGCACACGCGCCCCCGCGCACGAGGCCGAGACGCGCGAGCGCAUCGAGUCCGAGGCCCUCGACCGCGCCCGCCGCCUCUGCGGACGCCCCUGGUCCGCAUGCGAACUCGAAAGCCUGUACCGCGUCUGCUGCCGAGCCCGCGAGGACGCGCCGCACGCCAGCAUCAUCCAUGUGCUCGCACAGGCGGCGCUGUGGCCCCAGGCCCGCGCCCGCACGCUGGACUUUGCCGAUACUGCCCUCGCGCCGCACGCCGUCGCCCUCGCCGACAUGCUCUGCGCCCCGACCGGCGUCCAAGUCCUCCGCUUCGAUCGCUGCGGCCUAGACACCGACGCCGUGCGCGCCCUCGCAGCCGCCGUCUUUACGAGCCACAGCGUACACACGCUCAGCCUCGCCGACAACCCCGGCAUCCAGACGCGCGGAUGGCGCGCUAUCGGCGCACUCGUCCAGGACGACCGCGUCCUGCGGCACUUGGAUCUGUCGCACCACGCCCUAUCCACAUCGUCCUGGCGCGCCGUCCUCUCGCCCCUCACACGCGGUCAUUCUACGCUACAAACGCUCAGACUCGAUCACAGCGCCCUGCGCCCCGCCCACCUCGAGUGCGUCGCCGAGGCCGUGCGCGCCUCGUCCCUCCAGCACGUAUCGCUGCGCCACAGCGGCCUGGGCGACGGCAGCGCACCACGCCUGUCACGCAUGCUCAUGGACUGGGACGAACACGCCCGCCCCGCCAUCGAAGACAUCGAGCGCGUCGGCGUCGUGACCGUCCCGGCCACCGACGACUUGUACGGCGACGAAAGCCAACUUCACGUCAUCACCUCGCUGCUCCACGGCCACGACGCGCCCCACGCGCCAUCCCGCCGCCACGAGCGGCGCGAGGCCAUCAUCGCCCGCGCCCAGGCCUUCCAGCACGCGCUCUCGGACAUACCCGCGCGCGGGCACCUGCUCACCCUCGACCUCAGAGGCAACGCCCUGCACGACGCAGACGCAGCCAUCCUCGCGACGGCCCUGCGCAGGAAUCGCACGCUGCGCGUGUGCUCGCUCGCCGACAAUCACAUCACGCCGCACGGCCUCGCCUGCAUCGCCGACGCCCUGCGCUACAACACAACCCUCGAGACCCUGGACCUGAGCGGCAAUCCAUGCGGCGGACCCGCCUUGGAUGGCGUACUCCGACUGCGCGUCGCUUUGGCCGUGCAUCCGCGACUCAAGCGCGUCGUCUUCGCCGACACCCAGCUCGCCGCCGAGGGCGCCUUGGUGCUCGCCGAGUGCCUGCCCGACGCAGAGCAUCUCGUGCACCUGGACCUCACACGCAAUCCACUCGGCCUCGUCGGCAUGCUCGGCCUCGCCGCCGGCACGCGUCGCAACGCCUCCCUCCGGUGCUUGGACGUCUCGCUCCAAGACGACCCUGCCUUUGUCGAAGCCGCCCGCGACGUGUACACGCACUGUGCCCACAACACCCACACGGCACUCGCACACGCACCGCCCGGCGUCCACGUCCAGCGCCCCCUCGACAAGUCAGCCUUGGCACGCGCUUUGCUCGACAAGGAGCAGCGCAGCACCACCGAGACCAGCCAGCCAGCCAGUGAGACGGAGCCAUCCGAGUACUCGGAGCCAGCCGACGCGAACGAGGCCAACGACGCCACGCCGACCACAGAGCCGUCCCCCGCCGCCGCGCCCAACGAGCGCGCCGCGUCGCCGCAGAGCGAAGAAAACAUCGGGCUCGACGCACCCGACCCACCAGGCGAACCCGCGCGCCAUGCACCGCCCGACGCCGCGCACACAGACGAUCCCGCUCCGUAG